AUGGAUAAUAUAACAUAUUUUCCUACCUACACCCUGAUGGAACCAAGAGACUCUAAAUCAUACAGACAUAUUUAUUUCACAUGCUUUUUGGUGCUCUAUAUUAUGAUACUUUUAGUUAACACUUGGGUCAGUGUUGUUAUUGUCUUGGAAAAAGCCCUUCAUGAACCAAUGUACAUUUUUCUGUGCAAUCUGUGUGUAAAUGAUAUUUAUGGAGCCACAGGAUUUUAUCCUAAAUUCCUACAUGAUUUAAUGCUGGAUUCAUAUGUGAUUCCUUCUUACAUGUGUGCAUUUCAAGCUUUUGUGAUCUAUGCUUCAGUCAUGUGUGACUGUACUACAAUAACUGUGAUGGCAUAUGACAGACAUGUGGCCAUAUGUCGACCUUUAGACUAUCAUACAAAACUGAACAAAUUUUCAUGCAGUGUAUUACUUUGCUUCUGUUGGAUCCUGCCCUUUGUUUUUAUGAUCAUUGUUCUUGUAUUGUCAAAUAGGCUGAAAAUGUGUAAAUAUCACAUUAAUAAAUUGUACUGUGACAAUUGGUCUAUGGUAAAACUUUCAUGUGAAUCAACUGUAAUCAAUAAUAUUUAUGGAUUUUUUGUUAUUUCAUUUUAUUUUUGUCUGUCUGUUUUUAUUAUUUUGUCCUAUAUAAAACUUAUCAUUGCAUGCAAAGCAUCAUUAGAGUGCAGAAGGAAAUUUUGGCAGACAUGUGUGCCCCAUAUGUUUACAGUGAUUAAUUAUGUUAUUGCUGUGUUUUUUGAUGCCAUGCACAGCAGAUAUGGCUCAAACAAUGUCUCAGAGAGCCUGCAAAAUUUUUUGGCACUAGAGAUGCUUAUUGUGCCACCUCUUGCCAAUCCAGUAAUCUAUGGGUUAAAACUUCAUGAAGUACGCAAAAGAAUCUUUCAAUCUUUUGUUAACAUCAGACAACAAUAA